AUGGUCGUGAGCCGCCUUCCGCAUGGCCCGACGGCGUUUUUCAAAAUCUCCAACGUCGUCCUCAACAACAAGAUUCAAAACAAGGCCAAGCGCACGAGCCACCAGCCGGAGCUGAUUCUGAACAACUUCAACACGCGCCUCGGUCACCGCAUCGGUCGCUUCCUUGGCUCGUUCUUCGAGCACAAGCCCGACUUCAAGGGUCGCCAGGUCGUGACGUUCCACAACCAGCGCGAUUUCAUCUUUGUGCGCCAGCACCGCUACAUUUUCGAGAACGGCAAGAAGGCCCGGCUACAGGAGAUUGGGCCACGCUUCACGAUGAAGUUGCGCUGGCUCCAGGAAGGCACGUUCGACACCAAGUACGGCGAGUACGAGUGGAUUCACAAGCAGCACGCGAUGGACACGUCGCGCCGAAAGUUCCACUUGUAA